GAUCUUGCAUCUCACCCCCCGACCUCCAUCCUGCUGUUUUGUUCUUUUACGUCCCGGCUCCGGAUAUUAUCUGGAGAUCAAGCAAGCCUCGACGUUGCUGCGACAAUGAGCGCUCAGGAGAAAAGGGGCAGGCACCUGGCGCACAGCCAUGCCAGGGAGGGCGACGUGCCCGGCACGGUCGACUUGAGCACCAGAGAGGGCGACGAUACCGGCUAUGGCCAGGCGCUAUACCCGGUCCCGGCAGAGGAUCCCAACGACCCGCUGCAGUGGUCCAAAACCCGCAAGAACCUCAUCCUCGUCGUCUGCUCACUCUAUUCGUUCCUCAGCAACUCGGCUCUGCUCGGCCCCUCCGUCUACAUUGGCAUCUAUGCGGAGGAGUUUGGAAUCUCGCCCAACAAGGCGAGCAACCUGGUCAGCUAUGCCAAUCUCGCCUUUGGCUUUGGUGAGAGUUCCCACCCCGGGGGAAAGGGAGUCCGGGAGUGCCACAAAAAUAAACACGAGAAUUAACCCCCACCUAAUUACGGCUCCCUACUCUUGGUGCCCGCGUACCACAAGUUUGGCCGCCGUCCCAUCAUGCUGACCUCGCUCCUCGCCUACUGCGUCGGUCUCAUUGCGUGCUCGCAGGCCACGACGUACGGGGGCCUCAUGGCGGCUCGG